AGUCCUGUUUGCUUCAGGAGGAAGUUCUGCUGACUUUAGUACAUCUUUUCUCACAACUGCAACAACAACAUCAGCGUCCACCAUUCACAAAGAACCGCGGCCAUCUCUAGAUCCAAGCCAUGGAACACCUGUGGAAGAUGAACCAAGUGAUUACGAAGUGUGGUCUGCCAUCGUUUCAUCGAUGGCGCGAUGGGAAGAAAUGAAGAAAAGAAAAGCGCACAAGUCUCAUGUGCAUAAGAGGGCAGAAGAAGUUGUUUGCUACAGAGGAUUUGGCUGCUUCAGAGAUGAAGGUGCGUUUGAUUAUCUGGACACGCUUCCCGCUUCCCCAGAAGCCAUUGGUACAAAAUUUAUACUAUACACAAAUAAAAGCAGAAUGAAUGGAGAACUCCUAUGGUAUGAUAACAGCUCAUCUUUAUACUAUUCUCAUUUCAACGGUAGUAAUCCUGUGAAAGUCAUCAUUCAUGGUUUUGGGAGCAGUGGCCGCAAGAUGUGGGUUUUACAGAUGGCAGAAGCACUUUUGGCACUGGAAGACGUGAACGUAAUAGUGGUGGACUGGGAAAAAGGUUCUGCUCUCCCUAACUAUGUACAAGCAGCUGCUAAUACACAGCUAGUCGGCAAGCAGUUAGCCGCCCUUAUCCGAAUGAUUAACUAUGAGAGAGGGCUAACGUAUCGGGAUUAUCACCUCAUUGGAUUUUCACUAGGGGCACACGUUGCGGGUUUCACGGGCAUGGAAUGCCCUAACAUCAGUCGGAUUACAGGCCUUGAUCCUGCUUCACCCUUGUUUGAAGGAUACGAUCCAAAAAUUCGACUGGAUCCGACCGAUGCUUCUUUCGUAGACGUUAUCCAUUCCAAUGGUAACAGCUUUCUAAAGGGUGGACUUGGAAUGUUCGAACCAUCUGGGCAUGCGGAUUUUUAUCCAAAUGGAGGAAGAGUCCAGAUCGGAUGCAACAAUGUAUUCAUAGGAGCAGUAACAGAUAUUAUAUAUGGAAAAUGGCAGAGUCUGUGUAACCACCGUCGAGCUUUUAGGUUUUUCAUCGACUCUAUUGUACCCACUUGUAAAUUUCCCGCCUUCCCAUGUGACAGCUACGAGAACUUCUUAUCUGGAAAGUGUUUUAAAUGCAGCGCCCAAGGGUGCGUAAAUAUGGGCUAUUACGCUGACAGGUCUCAGCAUGCUCGUGGAAAAUUCUAUUUGGUCACAAGAGAAACGGAGCCGUUCUGUGCAAAUCAAUAUCGCAUUUCGAUUUCCAGUACAAGGGGCCAAGGAACGACGUGGGGUAAAUUAGAAAUUUCAUUCCUUGGAGAAGAUAACAGCAACGAAACGUUUGUUUUGACCAAUGAAAGCCAGGAGAUCGCUGACAAGCAAGAUUUACAAGGACUUAUUGUAGCUGACCCGAAUGUGAGAAACAUUUCAGCUGUAAUUCUCAAAUAUACGAAGUAUAGAGGAUGGAUAUACACAGGAUUGGACCGAUGGGAUAUUGACAAAAUACAGAUCCAUGACAGUCAUGGACAAAUGAUGAGCUUCUGCAACCACGCCACUCCAAUUCUCAACAAUGAGCCAAAAUUUCUGCCUUUAAUACAUGGAGACUGCAAGGUGGAGCCUACUACCCAGAGGUUGGCUCGACUCAUUUGGCAAGUGGUGGGGGAACCAGUGGCAGGACGAGAUCCCAGACCACCCAAGCUGCUAUGGAAGAUCAUGGUUGACGAUACAUCAAAAUACCACUGGCAUAACUUAUGACAUGAGAACUUUAUUAACACUACAUAGAUAAUGAACUGGGACAGCAUCUCUCCUUACCAAAGAGAAAAAUGGCUGCUGACUGCAUAAUUUAAAAAAAAAAAAAUUGGUAAAUAAUACCAAAUUAAUGAGGCUGGAGUUUGGUUUGCAUUCAAAUUUGGUGUUCAUGGAAAUGGCUGACUUUAUUUAACAACGAAACAAUUAGGUUUAGAAACCUAAUGAUCAGUUAGAAAGGGAGUUUGGGCCAUUUUUCUUCUCAUAAAAUUAAACCAGAAGAACUUGAAUGACAUUGUUAGGCACAUAUUCUAAUCUUUGGACAUGGCAGGAAACUCUGUUGCUACAGACAUUCAAUAUUUUGUCUUGGUGUACAUGGAGGUAUUGUCUUCAGAUUUCUGGGUUUCUUUUUCAGAUGGACUAAUUGUGCUUUGAUUUUGUAUGAAGUACAAGUUUUGCGCGAAAUUUCCAAAUAUAAUUUUACAAACUUUGCCUACUAAACAAAAAUGAAAUCGAUAUUGAAUGAAAAAAGAAAAAUUGCCUUUUGUUUUUGCACAUAAGGACUGCUUAAACCUAUAUGAUAUAUAUUUUUAUACUACAAUUUUGAAUUUUGUAACAAAAAUAUCCAACAAAAAGCACUGGUGCUUAAAUGUUUGUUAAUAGUAUAGUUUCCCGUUAUUUCUGUACAAGUAAUUAUUUUUUGUGAGAAUAUAUUCUGAGUCAUCAGUUAACAUCACUAAUGUAUAAAAUAACAUAAUUUAAAUUUACAUUAUUUAUAAAGGAACUUUUCAAAGUGUAUUCAUAUUUUAGUGUUAUAUAAUUCAUAUUAUAAUAUAUUUGUUGAUGGAUAGUAUAAUUGCAACUGAGCAUCUUUUAUUUAAACAUAGAAUAUAGAAAUCAGGAGCUGGGCAUAGAUAGUUUUACCAUUUUCUGCAGCUGUUAAAAUAUAUUCAGUCAUCCAUAUAAUUUAAUAACAUUUCAUUCAUCAUGGAAAUGUUUACAGAAAUUAUUUAUCUCUUGUGUUGUCUUCCGUAUUAUUUUCAUUUCUCAUACUAUAAAAAAUGAAAAAAAGAUGAACAGAACCUUCUAGGUUUCUGUAGAUCCCAGGAUGUAUUUAUUUCUCCAGUACUUUAUGAAAAAUGGUUUUUAAUGCUAAUUUAUAGUUCUCACUUAGUGUAUAUGCUAAUUUAUUAGUUGAUCUAAUUUAUAGUUCUUUUUUAGUUUAAUCUGCCUAUGACGAUGAAAUUGCCGAAAAGAAAAAGGUCCAAAUGAGUUGUGUUAUACUGAAUUAUUAUAAAAUAAAAACUGUGUGAUUUAAAAUUAUUGUUCAUAAGCAAGGAAUUUAUCUUUCUCCAGUCUGCUCAUGUAGAAACUCUUGUUAGUAUAUUUAUGAAUUGAUGUCAUAUUUAACUUUCUUCAUAUUUUUUAUUUCCAAUCUAUUGAAUAACUGUGACAGUAAUUCUUACGUACAGACAGUUCAUAACACAGUUUUAACAAUUUCUUAACACAGUCUUUGAUCUCAAAUUAUAUUUUUAUCCUUUACAAAAACUCCAACUUUAACGAACUGCAGUUUUUGCUGUCCUUUAAACUUCUCAGGUUUAUCUGAACAAUUUAAUUUUGUAAUAAAGAAAAUGUUUAUACGAAAGAGAAUUGAAAAUUAACGUACACUAAUUCCUUCCACCGCUUUCUCCCCCCUAAAAGUUUAAUAAAUAGAUAAAACUAAACAUACACACAAUUAGAACUCAAUUUCGAAAAUUAGAAAUGAUGAAAAUGAAGGUCAUCAGAAAAGAUUAAAACACUAAAAGUUAAUUAAAAUUAAAUAAAAUGUAAAGAGAUAAAUAAAAAUGUUAGUAAAUUAAAUAAUUUAUUUAAAAAAAUUAAAUCAAAGCCUAAAAGAAUUGAAAUGUAUGUAAAUUAAUGAUGACAAGAUAUGGCAUUGAGGAUAAAAGAAGAUAAAUAUUUCUAAUUGUAUUCUUUGCUGUCAAAUAAGACUGCUUCUUUACACUGGCUCCUAAUCAAUUUAAGAACCUUCUUGACCAGAGAGACGCAGUCAAUAAAUAAAUGCAAGGUCUAUCCGGAAAGUAACGAGGCGCUUUGAAAUCUCUGUAACCAAUCCUGCAGCUUUGUGACUUGACACAGAAUUAGAACGGACUUUACCACGACUCUUCAGUCAAAGGUGCAGUGCUGCACCUUCAGAUGAGUGAACUGCAGAUAAAAUUGUUACACUACUCAGUUCUGAGGCUCGCGAAUGGAUCCGUUCAGCCAUUGCGGAUAUGAUAGUAACACAGAACUGGAGCUAACACAGCAACGUAGGAAUGGCCGCUCACAAAUGUACAGUGAAGUACAUUCCAAUUCUCAGCCAAAUAAUAAUGCAUCUAGGCCUGUUUCCAAGACAUUCAAAGUGCUUCGAUACUUUUGGGAUAGAUUUUGUACUUCCUUUUCCUGAAGGGAUUGUAUUUCAUCAUGGAGGAUUUCUUCCCCACAUGCUCACUCACUUCCUCACCUUUCCCGCGUAUGUUGCUGUUAUCAGGAAAUGAAAGUGUACAUGUUAGUAUGACUGUAAGUUUUACUAACAGCUAAAAGAAAUUUUUUGAUAAUAUUGCGAUUCAGUUAUACAAUAAAAUAUAGGAGCUAAUGUCAUUUGAAGCUCGGGCAUUCUGUGGCUGGAAUUAGAAUUUUACUCAGUGAAGUAUCAGAGCCGUGUUCCAUUAAGUCUAUAAACAUGUUUAUUAUGCUUAGUACAGCAGAAAUCAAGAAAUAAGAACAAAACUAGACCAAAGAAGGUGUUCGAAUUACGACCUCGGACCUUGAUGUAGAUCUCACAUCUCCCGCACAGAACCGGAUUUGGAGUUAGUUGGUAAGGCCCUAAAAUAUUUUAAGAUAUAGGGCCCAUUAUAAGUGCAGAUAUUAUAUGUCAAUGUCAAAUAUGAUUUUUGAAUAUCUAGAGGGUUUUGGGUGGCCCCCAAGAAAGCGGGGGCCCUAAGCUAUAGCUUGUGUAGCUUAUACAUAAAACCUGCACUGCUCCCGCACAUGGAAGUUUCGAUGUUCUGGAAAAUACCGGGCAUGUUCUAGACUUCCCCAGCAGCUGCCAUGGUGCAUGCAACAAGUUCCUCUGUAGUUCUAACGGGGGUUUCCUACAUCAAUGUCUUGACGUACCCCCAGAGGAAGUAGUCAAUGCAAGUGAAGUCUGGCGAUCUUGCUGACCAAUGCACCAGACCACUUCUGCCGACACCAUCUUGAGGAUACGUUUCGAAAGUAAUUUCAAACACCAUCUUUGAUGAUGGUCGUCUGUUUUUGUUCUUAUUUCUUGGUUUCCUCUGCACUAAGCAUAUAUUCUCCCCCUGUCCGUGUCCUCCCUUCUUGUGUUUUGUGUCGUCACUACCACACCAGGAAAGUGUUCCCGACGAUACAUUGCUAUGUGUUUUUUCCAUCGUCCAGAUGUACACUAUCUAUCCUGAAAGUUUGUAACUGAUUUGCUGAAAUGCCUUGUAUAUAUAGAUAUACUCUUGCGUUUUUUUUUUCCCCCCCAAUCUUCAUUCCUAUGCAUGAUAUUCUUCCUGAAAAGGAAGCUGUAGACUUUAUUUCACUAAUAUUGAUACCAUACAUAUACUUCGAAUAUGGAGUUUCUCAAAAUAAAAUAGAGGAUUUCAUGAAUAUAAUUGAGUUGGGUUGACAGAGGAGAAAUUCUGUAAAGAUGAAAAUGUAAUAUUUUUUAUAUUGUACCGCGUAACGAAAAGUCAUUUAGUAAAAUGUACAGUAUGCUUUACUGAAUACUAGAAGUUGCGUAUCUGCAUGUGCAACAUUAAGGAGGUAUUCAAGAAUGAAUUUAUUGACUUGGAAAAUUCUUCAAAACCUAUUUAUAAGAGAUUUUAAAUAGACUUUUAUUAGAUUUAGGGAGAAAUUACAAUUGAAAAGUUACUUGUUUUCGUAAUUAAUGAUUCUGCAGCAAGUAGAAUAGCAUUGGUUAACAUUUUACUAAGCGGACUUAAUACUGCACUGAGGAUGCCAUAUAGAAAGUUAGAUUUAUAUAUUUAAAGAAUCCUCUUACUCCUAAGAGUGUGAUACUGGAACGUGGCAUAGGAGAUACUCCUAAUUAUUAAACUGCUAACUAAAGUAUACGUCUCGUAUCAACAUUUAAGGAAAUAAAGUUAGCAGCCAUCUUUUCCGCAAACCUGUAUAAUGGUUAUAAUGACCUGGAAUUUUUAUUUUAAUGGAUGGAAAUUAAGUAUGUCAUGUAUAUAUACUGUAUUCCAGGAUAUGUAAUAUGCCCAUUUAUAUAUACUGUAUUCCAGGAUAUGUAAGAAAAUGAAAUCAAUUCAUACCAAUUUCAAAUCAAAUGAUAAAUUUCAUAAAAAUAGUUAAUUGAUAUAAGAUUGGAAUAUUAAUAAACUUUAUUUCUUUGAAAAUAACCAGAAAAAUUAAGGCUCAUUUAACAUUCAAAUUCCAUUUGCCUUACUUACUGUUAGUUUUUUUACAGUUAAUAGUUAGUAUAAAUGGCACUUAUUUAAUGUCUUGUAUUUCCUGUCCUUUUUUCCCUUUAUAUCUUAAAAAUGUUACUGUUUAUAAAAUAUAAGCACGGAGAAAAUAUUUUGUAGAUGUGUAAUAUUCACCAUAUUGUUGGAAAAACAAUUUUAAUAUAUUUAUUUACAAAUAAGAUUAAUAAAAUAUUUUUAGAAGAUA